AAUGUCUGCUGAUCGAAUGUUUUUUGAAAGUUUGGCAGGAACACUGAUAACAUCAAUGAUGUUCCUUGUAAUCUUUGGUGUGGUAAUCUUUCCGAUGUCCCUUUUAUUUAAAAUUGGUAAGAAAUCCGUUUCCUCCCUGAUCAGAUCUUUUGUAUUGAGAAGUGUCUUGUCGAUGGUUUUUCUAUUUGUUGUCUUUCCGUAUGGAUUUGACAAGAUUUCAAAUAGAGUUGAUAAAAAGUAUUUGGAUUUAUUAGUUUUGGAAAAUAAGAAUGCACAACAAGUACAUGAGAAUAUUCCAUUUAUUGCUGAUUUGCAUGCGGAUACAUUAAUGUGGAAACAUAGAGGUAGUUUCUUGAAAUCUGAAAUGGGACAUGUGACACUUUCCAAGAUGCAAAAGUCCAACAUGGCUCUUCAAACAUUUGCUGUAGUAAAUUCAAUUCCACACACAUUGAACAUGCAAAACAAUGUCAAUUAUACUGACAUAUUCCCAUUCUUGAUGUUUGCUCAACUCUAUGAAAGGGAUGCUUGGUUUUCUCCUCUCUAUAGAGCUAGAGCUAUGAGUAGAUUACUCCAAUCCUAUGAAGAUGAAGGAAAUGGACUUGUUACCUUUAUUAAGAAUCAAAGAAAUCUUGAAAAUUUCUUGGAGAGAAGAAAGACCAAUAAGAAUCUAGUCUCUGGAUUAUUGUCCGUUGAAGGAGCUCAAGUUUUAGAAUAUAAUUUAGACAAUGUUCAAAAGUUAUAUGAUUGGGGAGUUAGAAUGUUUGGAUUGAACCAUUUCACAGAUAAUCAAGUUGGUGGAUCAUUGCAUGGAUCAGAAAAGUAUGGUCUCUCAGAAUUUGGUAAACAAGUAAUCAAGAAGGUUGUUGAUUUGAAUAUGAUUAUUGACAUGGCUCAUGCUUCUGAAAGUCACAUGAAGGAUGUUCUGGAUUUGACUGAACCUUGGAAUACAACAGUUAUCGUCUCACAUACAGGAGUUAAAAGUGAUUGUAACCAUACAAGAAAUAUUUCAGAAGAAGUGGCAAGAAGAAUUGCCAAGAGAAAUGGUGUUAUGGGUAUUGCUUUCUUUGAAUUUACUACUUGUGGUUUUGGCUUUAAAUCAGUUGCCAAGACAAUGAAACAUAUUGCUAAUAUGGUUGGUGUGGAUCAUAUUGCUUUAGGAUCUGAUUGGGAUGGAGCUAUCAAUGCAUUUGGAGCUGCUGACCAUUUGGUUUAUCUGACAGAUGCCCUUAUUUCAGAAGGUUUUAAUCAAGAAGAGAUUAACAAGAUUAUGGGUGGAAAUGUGUUGAGAGUUUUGAGAAGCAACUUGCCAAAAUAAAA